UGAUAGGCAGGAGCUGGACAGGUAUGGAGUUAAACUACAUGGGAACUAUACAAAAACUGACAAGCCAUGAAGGACACAGAAAACGACUUAAGAAUAAAUAAGUAAUAGUAGCAACUCAUUCAUCUGUGUAUUUACGUCUGAUGAAAGAAUGUGGUCGAGUUUUACCUCAUUUUAGCCACAAAAUCCAGCUUGAUCUGAGAGGUUUUCAGUUUUCCUCAAAGAUCAAGUCUGCUCCGAACAAGUGAGGCUUUUAUUGUGAAACUCUGAGGAAAACCUCGUCCUGCCUUGUCUGUUGGACCUGACCUGGUUGCCAGGGAGCCAGCUCCAUAGCAACCGGAUCGAGAGAGGGAGAAAAGUUGAGACAUUUAUUUGUUUGUUUAAAGAGGAGAUUUUAGUUGCAGCACAGGAAGAUGAGGCAUCCGCCGAGCACAGAAACAAGAACCAAAUAUAUUUAAUUCAAAAUGCCUUCAACAAUGACUGCGAAGCCCAAACCCGCGGAUGGAUCGAAGAGAAGCAAACCGCUGAGGCAGACAGCAGCCUGCAGCGGACCAGGCGGUGAUCUUCCAGCCGCCGCGGUGCGUAAAACCCGCGCGUCAAGCUGCUCCCGGUCCGCGCAGCCGCGGGACAAGAGCCACAGGGGCCCCACUACCACUACGGCAGGGGCCCAGGGGUCCAAACCAGGCUGCGAGAGGAGAGCCAGGUCCACAUCCGCUGCCCCAAAACCAACAGGAACCAAACCCGAGGAAAGGAGCCCCAGAACCGAGCCGGAGCGCCGGAGGGCCGCCAGCUCUGUGAGGCAAGCCGAUGUCAACCCGAAACUGCGGGACAGUACCGGGUGUCCGGGUCUGAAGGAGCUGCGGGUCUCCAGAGCUGAGGGGAAGGCUGUGAUCCAGAGUCACAAAGCUUUCACCGUCAUCCCUCCAAACCCAAAGAAACGAAGAGAAAUCCAGAAAAAGGCAGAGGCGGAGCUUGCCGCUCUGGAGGAGCUGCGUCUGAGCAGAGCGAUGGCCUAUGUGUCCAUCAACCCCAGCAGCGUCGGCGGCUGCAUGAGUCUGGAGGAAGUACGGCUGAAGCAGCAGCAGGAAAUGAUGCAAGCCAAGAGGAAACAGAAACAGAUGAAGAAGCAGGUGAUGGAGGAAACACCUGUCCUGACAAGGUGACCGAGCGGCUCGUCUCCUUCUCAUCUCGGCUGGCAGCUCAACUCAUGCUGAACACAACUUUACUGACACAGUGAAAGCCCGGUUCCGGUCCGGAGUUUUCAUCCACUCAUCAGAAGCAUGAAUGUCAAUAUUAGUUUUAGUCUUUAAAUGAUUUAUCUGAGAUGUUCUUUCUUCUGGGUUUAAUUUUUACACAUCAAACACGUUUUUAUAACAACUGGUUUCAGUUUAUUGAGGAUUUUUUCUGAUCCACACAGGGUCAGAAUUAUUCAUACAGACUCAAUUAUAUAUACUCCCCCAUUAAUGCUUGAUUAAGGGUUUUUCAACAAGUUGCACCUUAACCACUUGCUUUUUGUAGCCAUCAACAGGUUUCUGCAUCAUUCUGGCUGCAUAUUGGACCGAUCUUACUGGCAGAACCGACAGAGUUCUUUAAAAUGCUUGAAGUCCUGGCCCAGACCUGGCUUCUCCUGCUUCUUAUUUUUUCCAUCCACUUUAUGCAAUCCACCAGUACCACUGACUGUGAAACAUCCCCCAGCAUGAUGCUACCACCACCAUGCUUGACACGGAACAGUUUUCUUAGGUUUUGAAAGAAGUUCUCAUCAUCGUUUCCAAAGAGCUCAAUCUUUCUCACCUGACCUUUAAACUUUUCUCUAGAAGAGGUUUGGAUUGUCCACCGGAGCAGUUGCGGAUUUCUGCAGAGCUUGAAGGUUUUGUUUUUGGAGAAGGUGUUUCUUUCUUUGUUGGCAUCUUCUCAGUCCAUGGUGAUGUGAAACUGUCUGCUUUGUGGACCGUGACUGGUCUUCUAGCAUCUUCCUGCUCAAGGCAGGAUUUAGCCUCGGUGUUCCUAUGUAUUCCAGCCAAUUUUCUUUCCUCCCAGGUGGAUAGUUUGGGUCAGGCAGUUGAAACUUGAACAGAGUCGGGUGUUCUGACAGGAGAAUAAUCCCAAACAAAAACCAACAGAAACUUUGGAGGGCCAACCAUAAAAUUCUGGAAUGGAUCUUACCUAUUGAACCUAUUACCCAUUGAAUUUAUGUAAACUAAGCCUAAAAGCCUGGUCUGUGGCAAUAAUUUGACAAAUUUAAAUGAACUCUACCAUUUCAGCCAGGAAGUGGGCUCAGUUAUCCAACUAGAGUAAUGCCAGAAGCUCACUGAUUGCUACAACAAGCUUGUGAUUUCUCUGCAGCUUGCCAAGGAGCAUUUAACCAAACCAGCUGGGGAUUAUAUAUGAUUUUGAACCUGUGUUGAUCAGACAAAAUCCACAAUAAAUUCUAACUUGUGCACUCAAUUCUCGUUAUUAAUAAUAACGUGUUGCAUGAUCAGUCCAAAUGAAUGGGUUAAAAAGCACAGAAUGAAUCUGAUGUUCUUGCCUGUGAUGGUUGAUGUAACCCUCUGACCAGAGCCAUAUAAUAUACAUUAAAUUAUACAUUUUAUCAGUAAAAACCUGUAAUAACUGGUGUGUAUAACGCUCUACAGGUUGCAUAGAUUGUAUUUUAUAUAAAUGGGUGCUUUGUAUUUUGUGUUUGUAUAUAAAUUUCUGUUUAGAGAGGUAAUAAAGCUAAUCAAUGAUAAAAUAAAA